CGUUUCUUCUUUAAAAAAGACUGAGCUUGAAAUGAGGGAUCCUUCUCAAAGCCAGCAGUACCUGGCAUUGGACGAGAGGGCUCGACACACUAAACCAGUCAGAGAAUAUGCCUCUCUCAAUCCACGUACACGGUAUUGGGAGAUUCCUACAGAGCACGUGACCAUAGAAAAGAUCAUUGGUAAAGGUGCUUUUGGUCAGGUUGCUAAAGCAACAGUCAUCGGCCUCCACGGAAGACUAAAGAAGACAGUUGUGGCUGCUAAGAUGUUGAAAGCUGACGCUUCUGCAUUAGAGAAGAAGGACUUAAUGUCCGAACUUGACUUGAUGAAGCAACUGGAACCUCAUCCUCAUGUCAUCAAACUGCUGGGAUGUGUUACGAAAUCCGGGUCAUUAAUGGUAUUGAUUGAAUAUGUGCCGUAUGGAGAUCUGCUGGGAUACCUGAGAAGGAGCCGUGGAUUAAAUGACACUUACUACAAGGACCCGGAUAUCAAACCACAAACAAAUCUGACGCCACGGCAGCUAAUGAAGUUUGCGUGGCAAAUUGGUGAUGGAAUGUCGUAUUUGUCAUCGAUACCAAUUAUCCACCGAGACCUUGCAGCUCGAAAUGUGUUGGUUGGAGAGGGGGAAACGUGCAAAGUAACAGACUUUGGUAUGGCGAGAGAUGUCCUGGAAGACAACAUUUAUCAACGGAAGUCUAAGGGACGUCUCCCUGUAAAAUGGACUGCCAUUGAGGCGCUGCUGUACGGCAAAUAUUCUACAAAAAGUGAUGUGUGAGUACGAGGACCACUCGCGGUC